CCCUCCUGGCGUCCGCGAGGGCCCACCCCGAGAAGCUCUUCGCUGUUGUUUGCCAGUCCUCCUUGGAAAGAUGUUCUGAACCUGGGGAAGGUCAGUUGUACCACACCAGCUUUGCCUUCCAGCGCAGAUGUCAAUUUUAAGGCUCAUUCGAGUAAUUUUUUCCCCCCAUUCCGUGAAAUGUGGGCCGACUGUCUGGAGUGAUGCGGCAUGUUCUAAAUAUAGUGUGGCAUAGAAAAAUAACUUGAUAAAAGGUGGCUGUUUACAUCAGAAGAAAUAUUUACAGCAAACAUGAAUGUUGGAGUUGCCCACAGUGAGGUGAAUCCAAAUACCCGUGUUAUGAACAGCCGGGGUAUGUGGCUGACAUAUGCUUUGGGAGUUGGCUUGCUUCAUAUUGUCUUACUGAGUAUUCCCUUCUUCAGUGUUCCUGUUGCUUGGACCUUAACAAAUGUUAUACAUAAUCUGGGUAUGUUUGUAUUUUUGCAUGCAGUAAAAGGAACACCAUUUGAAACUCCUGACCAGGGUAAAGCACGACUCCUAACUCAUUGGGAACAACUGGACUAUGGAGUCCAGUUCACAUCUUCACGGAAGUUUUUAACAAUUUCUCCAAUAAUUCUAUAUUUUCUGGCAAGUUUCUAUACGAAAUAUGAUCCAACUCACUUCAUCCUAAACACAGCUUCUCUCCUGAGUGUGCUAAUUCCCAAAAUGCCACAGCUACAUGGUGUUCGGAUCUUUGGAAUUAAUAAGUAUUGAGAUGUUUUAAAACUGAACAAAAAUAUAUUCAAACUACUGAUUUUCCUGUAAGGAAGAAGUGGUUAGUAAACUGACCACUAUGAUAAUGUGAAAAUGAAGUAUUUACAUUGGAGGACCAGUUGCCAGUUCUUCAUAUGCUGUUUUGAAGUGCAGAUUUUUACUAAAAGAUGCCUCUAUUUAAUGCAUCGAGUAUAUUUCUGAAGCGAGGCUUUAUAUGUAUCCUUGCUGGGCAGGCCCAGCUUAUAAGUUAAAUGACUGUAAAGUGAGGAUGUAAUAGAUAAUUCCAAGGAAGUAAGAGAUUUGUAAGAUAUUAGGACCAAUUUAGCUUAUAGUUGAAUGGAUAUUAUGUUAGGAGGAGAAAAUUUCCAAUCAUUAAGUCAUGGUCACUUUAAGCAGACUUGCAUAUAAACCAAAAUCAUCUCUUCACAAGUUUAUUAUAGAUUUUUUUGUAUUACC